AUGACGACCAUAGCCGACGAUCUUCUCAACGACUUUGCGAGCUCAGGCGAUGAGGCUGACGAGGUGGAGAACAACAAUGGCCUGAAAGACUUUGAGGACUCUGAGAGCGAGGAUGGCGAUGCGAUGGAGGUGGAUGGUCGCGAUGGGAAGCCUAAAGAUGGGCUGGACGGCCGAGACGCAGGCGCCGAAGAUGCGGGCGACACGGAGGCCAAGAAGGCCAAGGUAGAGAAGAUGCAGCUGGGCGCCGUCAAGGAUGUGCGCAGCGUCGCCUCGCUGAUGCAGACUCUGGAGCCCAUUCUCGAGAAAAUUGCCUAUUUCAAAUCGCAGUCGGAAACGCAGACGUCCAUCAUCGGAAACAUCGAGGACCACCCUGAAUAUCACCUUUUGACGCAGUCCAACAGCCUAUCAACCCAGAUCGAUGGAGAGGUAGCCGUGGUUCACAAAUUCAUUCGCGAUCAUUAUUCGACCCGAUUCCCGGAACUCGAACGACUUGUCACCACGCCCCUCGAGUACGCCAAAGUUGUGUCUAUCCUGGGAAAUGGACCCUUGGAUGCGGACAAUAUCAAAACACUUCAGACCGCGACCACCAACCCCUUGGGGGUUGGGCUGAAAACUGUCCUUGAUGGACCGUCUUUGAUGAUUGUCACUGUGGAGGCUACGACGUCCAAGGGUCGCGAGAUGGCCGCCGACGAAAUUGAGCGCGUGUACCGGGCAUGCGACAUGGUCAUCUCACUACACAAGGCAAAGAACACACUGACGGAAUACGUCCAGUCGCGCAUGAGCAUCUUCGCGCCCAACUUGACGACACUUAUCGGUUCUCUUACGGCAGCGCAGCUCCUCAACGUCGCCGGUGGACUGACGGGUCUUUCCAAAACCCCAGCCUGCAACAUUGCCUCGAUGGGCUCUAAGAAGAGGCAGGCCGGUUUGGCUACGAACAUUGGCAUCCGCCAGCAAGGCUACCUCUACCACUCGGAAAUCAUCCGAGGCAUCCCCAACGAUCUCAAGAAGCAGGCCAUGAGAAUCGUAUCCGCAAAGCUUGUCCUCGCAGCCCGCGUCGACCGUGUUCAUUCGAGCCCCGAUGGCUCCACGGGCGAGGAAUUAAAGCAGGCGUGCCUGGACAGGCUGGAGAAACUCACAGAACCCCCGCCGAACAAGGGACAGAGGGCUCUCCCCAUACCCGACGACAAGCCGGCACGGAAACGAGGUGGACGGAGAGCCCGCAAGGCCAAGGAAGCGCUGGCGAUGACGGAUCUGCGCAAGGCCCAGAACCGCGUGGCCUUUGGAAAGGAGGAGAUCGAGGUGGGCUACGGCACGGGCAGCGGUACAGUCGGCAUGGGCAUGAUUGGGCAGGCCAACGAAGGCAAGAUCCGGGGGAUGCAGGUCGACAACAGAACGAGGGCGAAGCUCAGCGCGAAGAACAAGGGAUGGGGAGGAGCCAGCACUGUGGGCGGAGGCGCCUCGUCCAUCGGCGGGUUCGGCCAGGCCUCUGGCAUCGAUCUUCGAGGCAAGGGUCUACGAAACUCGGGCGUCGGGAGCAGCAUCGGAUCUGGGGCCGGCACGGCCUCCUCGCUGGCGUUCACCCCCGUCCAGGGCCUCGAGCUGGUCGACCCCAAGGUGCAGGCGGAGCUCAGCAAGAAGCGCAAAGCGGAGGAGGACAGGUGGUUCAAGGGCGGCACCUUCACCCAAGUGGGCGGCUCAUCAUCUGACGGGUUCAAGGUGCCCGACCUGCCUGCAGCAAAGCGGGUUGAUACAGGCUCGACUAAGAUGGGACCCCCUCCCUCACGGAAGUAA